GCCCUUGCUUUCAACACUAUGCUAUCACUCCAAGGAAACUCGAAGGUGUUUUCACCAGCGCCUCGUCUCCUCUUCCGAAGUUGAAGGGGGAAUUCCUUCGGGCAUGGCCGUCAUCAUCACCAUCCUGUCAAUCACCGCUGGACUGCUCACUGUGGUAGCGGCUGCCGAAGCCACCUGCUAUACACCACGGGAACGUAACGGCCAGUGCAGACGCGACCCGUACAGGCUUCCCAGCACGCUGUUCGGUACUAAGACCACCUAUCGUCACGCCACCGGCCUGCAUACCAAGUGGGCCAACCGGGCACGCGUACCAGGUUGCAAGCCGCUGCUUCUGAUGAUCUUCAUGAGGCACACGACGAGGUUUCCCGGCAAGAAAGAUCUCGAAAAGUUUGCCGUGCGGCUGCCCGAGUUGCAAAGCAUGAUAUUGAACGCUUCGCGCGCGGGUUCCGGUACUCUGUGUAGAGAACACGUGACUUCGCUGAGAAAAUGGAAGUAUAACUGGGAUGAAUCCCUGGAGAACCGAGUAACGUCUUCUGGCAUCAGGGAGACCGGAGAAAUUGCCUCAAGGUUUCGAAGGAUGUUCCCUGGCCUGCUGCCCGGACGUUUUUACCAGGACGAGUACAUCGUCAGGGCAACGAGCAAAAACAGGACCCAAGACACGGCAUACGCUUUCUUGAAGGCGGUGCUCUACCGGAAAGAAUUAAAGAAAUUCAAGAGAGAACGAGCCUUGGCCGUGGACGACGACUUGUUGGCUUUCCAAAGCAGAUGCGAGGAUAUGCUGGAGAAACAAGGCGUGAACAAAACGGAAUCGCAGGAAGAGAAUAAAUUUCUCGACAGCACAGAAGUGCAGCAAAUGGUGGAAGCCAUGUCGAAGAGAUUGGGUGUCAACGUUACAACAGAGGACGUCCGGCUGAUGGCCAAAAUAUGCGCCUUCGAAGUGGCCGUCCGUGGCUGGUCUCCCUUCUGCUACCUCUUCGACAAGGCGGACCUCGACCUGCUGGAGUACGCCAAAGACCUCGACGACUACGAGGAGGACGCGUACGGCAACCAACGGAGCGUCGCCUUGGGCUGCCUGCUUGUCGAGGAGAUGGUGGAUAAGAUAAGAGAGAAACUACGGACAAGUCUGACAGGCGGCGCCAGCUUUCACACUCAUUUGAGGGCAGCGCUGUACUUCACGCAUGCCGCGGUGAUGAAGAGCCUCGUCGCCAAGUUAGGCCUAGGAAGGGCUGCGCCUCCGCUGAGUGCCAGCAACUACUGCCGCUACAGGCAUCACAGGCCGUGGCGCUCCUCGCACCUGGUACCUUUCACGGCCAACUUCGCCCUGGUACUCUUCCAGUGCGGCAACUCUCUGUUGAACGUACUGCCGAUUCUGAACGAAAAGGUGGUCUGGCUACCCGGAUGCCGGAGAGAAUUCUGCCCCCUAGAAGAUUUCCUGCGGUCAUCGGUGGUUCAUAGUUCCCGGAACUGCGAUCCCGAGAAGAUCUGCAGCAAAAGCUGGAAUGGAAGCGGCCGCGCAGAAUAGGGACGUGAGCUGCGUAUGCAGUGCACUUGCACCUUGAAGCUGUAAAAUCUGCAAAUAAAACG